GCCGCGCCAGUCUGCCUCAAGACUUCUCGUGAGUAGCUAGUGUCUCAGUUUUGAAAUCGUGGAGUGAUAGGGCGCCUCAGCCCUGGCAAAAUCGGCCAUGGCGACUGCGAAAAUGAAGAUGCUUCUUCCGCUAGUCGUUUGGAUAUGGCUUCACUUCAUAAAUUCGACGACUUCCCAAUCCUUCGGUGGGAUUGGAUUCGGUAUAAAACGCGAAGUAUUUUUUCUGAACCUCGAGGACGGAUAUUUCGGUUGUCAAGUGAAUGAAUCGACGGACGUUCUGCAGCUGUUCGAACUGUCAAAACUGUGCGACGGCACGCCAAACUGUUACCUCGGCUCGGACGAACUCGCCAAAGAACUCAAGUGUACAGAUGACUGUCGAAAGGACGACGGCACCGAGUGUCAGAAUGGUGCAUGCCUAGACAAUCAAUGUUACUGUAAUGACGGUUACGGUGGUUGCAGCUGCGAAGUUCCCGACGAAAACGAGUGCAAAUACAGACCCUGCGACGUAUUUGCUCAUUGUACUAACACCCUAGGGAGCUUUUCGUGUACCUGCUUUCCUGGAUACCAUGGAGACGGAUUUCACUGCGAGGAACCAGAAUUUUCUCCUGAACCAUGA